AACAACGUAUCCUGUGUCCCGCCGCUCGCUUGUAGAACCCUCAUAGUUUCCUCGUCUUUCUCCUGUCUAAUACGCGAACACUUUGCUUUGCUUUGCUCUUCAGUGGCAUUAUAUUAUUUACCUUUCCUCACAGUAAUAAAUACCAUAAUUUUUCAGGUUUUGUUGCAUGAAUCACUUAUUUUCAGUCACUUGGACCAUUCCCCCUCCUCCCCACGCCUUCCUCCUCCCUUCGCUAUACUUGUAGUCAUCACGUAACGCCCCGCUCCUCAGCAGUGCCUCACGCACACUCCUCAGUUGCAGUGUUCUCGGUGUUAAGGGAAGGUUACACUGUGUCAGCUCCUGUAUUUCGCCGGAACACAUUGAACACAGAGAGACCAGACCAUGGACGAGGAUGAGGCAUUCUUCAACCCCUACAACAGGUCCUACAGACCACCAAGACAAGGUCCCCAACACAGAGGCAGGGGCCGCGGCAGAGGUGGUGAGCGGGGCGCCAUGAGCAUGGAGUCCUUGAAUAUGUCCAGCAAUUGGAGGCAAAAUUCUGGUAACAGAGCUGGACGGAGGCAACAUUUUUAUGGCCAAGAGGGACGGAGGCAAGACACUGGUGGUCAAGAUGGAAGGAGACAAACAUCUGCUGAUCGUGAUGGUUGGCAACCAAGACCUUAUGGCAACAAGGAUGGGAGGGGCUGUGAGCAAGACGAGCCAAGUGGAGAGAACCGAUACUAUGGCAGUCGUGGCGGGAGGAGAGGAACCUUUCCUCCUCGUGGUGGUUCCCGGCAGACUCGGGGCCCCUCAAACAACCCCAGAGGUGAAGGGAAGGAUUCACAUUUCCACAACAGCAGGAAUAAACAGAGAGAGCGUCCUGUGGGUAACAGAGAGCUGGAGAGACUGACCACACUACAGCCGGACUUGGUGGUCUUUGAGCUUCUGAGUGAAAAGUCCGGCUUCCCCUUGCUUAUAGAGGAAGGUAACUUUACGCCCUAUAAAAUGGAGUUGACGGUGAAGGUUCUUGCACGGGUCACCGCCACCCAGUCAAACAGGGACAACAUGUACCAACUCCUGAACAAGACCUGCACGGAUAAUUUUGUGUUCAAGUUGAUGAACCACGCACUGACCCUGAAGAGGGAAUACCCGGAGAAGGGGCCCGUCUUCUUUGCUGAGCUGCACACGCUGCUGGAGACCUUCGCCAGUGGCAUGACCUCCAUUGCCAUCAAGCGUCUGGUGAAUCUGGUUGACGGAUGUCACUCUGCCCUUGUCACAAUGGAGGCAGAUGGAUUUGUGGAGAACUCUUUAGUUAAGAAGUAUAAGGCUUUGAUGGAUUUCCUGACAGAGGAAGGGAAGAAGCGUGCUCAGGAGGAGAAGAUGGACAGUCAGGAGAGAAAGAGGAAAAGGGAGGCAGAAAUGAAUAACAUGGAGCCACCAGAUGAUUUCAGGGAGAUGUCUGUUCUUCCGACCCAAAUGGACAUCACAGACACCAACCGCCCCUUCCUGCGCAAGAAUUUGGUGUCUGGCUGCUAUGCCGACGGACAGCACUACCUGGACGUCCAGUUCAGACUCCUGCGCGAGGACUUUGUGCGGCCCCUGAGGAUCGGCAUCAGCCAGUUUAGGAGUAACACAAAGUCUCGCAUAAUGGACGUCAGAAUUUACAGGAAUGUGACCUACAUAGACUGUAAGGUGGAGCGUCGGAGAUUAUUCCACGAGGUCCAGCUAGGGUCCAUGAAGAGGAUGAAACUGGAGAAUUCCAAGAGACUCAUUUAUGGAAACCUGGUGUGUAUCAGCAACGAUAACUUUUCCACGAUGGUCCUUGGCUCCGUGGCUGACAGGACCCCAGAGAAAAUCAGGCAAGGAAUCAUUGGCAUCGAGUUUGAAUCUGACAUCAGAAACUUUGACACGUCCAGCCAGUUCACGAUGAUUGAGUCGAGGGCAUACUUUGUGGCCUACAAACACGUCCUGCAGGCACUGAAGGAGAUGCCGGAGAACAUCCCGAUGGAGAAAUAUGUGGUGCAAGUUGAGGCCCUCAUUGACCCCCCCCAGUACCUGGCCCCGGAGGAAACCUACGACCUGAGGGUGAUGAAAAGCAGCUCCUUGAUGAGGAGAGCCGAGGCAGUCAUAAGGCUCAAUAGGCUGAGGCGAGGCCAUGACCAAUAUGAAGAUGAAGAUGAAGAUGAAGAGGAUCAGCAUGAGGAUGUCAACACAACACCUGAGUCAAGGCGACUUCAGAGAGUUCAGGUCACCAGGACACUUCUCGACUGGCCGUCAGAGGCGGAGCUUGGCCUGGACAGCUCCCAGCGGCGUGCACUGCGCAGUGCACUCACGCGGGAGCUGGCCAUCAUCCAGGGACCUCCAGGCACAGGCAAGACAUUCAUCGGCCUUAAAAUUGUGCAAAUCUUGCUGCACAACAGUCUUGUCUGGAAGACAAAGGAGAACCCAACACCCAUCCUGGUGGUGUGCUUCACAAACCACGCCCUCGACCAGUUCCUGGAGGGCAUGACCACCUUCACCAAGAGCAUUGUGAGAGUUGGCUCUCGGACACAGAGUGAAAAGAUAGAUGAGUUCCAGAUCAACAAACUCGUGCGAUCUGUUGUCAGCUCCCGAUCAUUACCACAAAACAUUUAUGACAACAAGUCAAAUCUCACCAAUGAGCUCAAAAUCUUAGAGAACAAUGUUCAUGAGUUAGAAGUGGUUGAUUAUGAGUGUGGUGCUGCAAGAGGCAUUCUCCACCUGAGUGCAUUAGCUGACAACAUAAUCCCUGACCACAUCUUCCAACAGCUCCACCAAGCACCAGAUGAAAAAGUUCUAACACACUGGCUGACACAGAGCUACCAUGCUCCAGGCACCACCUCAAGACUCUUGUGGCAGCAGCCUAGUGACUCUACAGUACAAGGCAGGCCUUCUCAGGAGCAGCUGCCAGGUGCAAAAGAGGACAGCGACGUUGAUGAAGAAGUAUUUCAUGAUGCUGAGGAACUUAUUGAGACAGAGGAGAGAGAGAGAAAACUGGAUGAUGACACUGAUGAGCCUGUUAGUGGAUGGGACACUCGAGUAAACUUUGAGGUAACCAAGAAAGAACUAGAGGGAACACUGAACUUGCUGUUGCAAAGAGCUGAGGAUGGAGAUGAGGAUGCUUUCCUGAACCACAUGAUCAUCUCUGGGAAGCUGGAGGCCAUCAAGAUUGGUCUCGACAUACCCGUUAACUGCCAGGACAUGGAGGCACUUGAAGCUGUUCCCCAGCUUAACAUCUGGCACCUUGAACCGAGGCUGAGGUGGCAGCUGUACAAUCACUGGCUGGCAAAGCUUCAGAGGCGUGCGAAGGCAGCGCGGGCGAAAAUCACGGCGGAGUUACUGAGGAAGGUCAAGACUUAUGAGGAAGUCCGGAAUGCCGAGUAUUUGCACACGAUGAGAAGGGCGGCCAUCGUGGGCAUGACAACGACCGGCGCCGCACAGUACAACAGCAUCUUGAGGGACCUUGCACCGGCCAUAGUCGUCAUUGAGGAAGCUGCCGAGAUCCUGGAGUCACACGUUAUCACAUCCCUGACUGCCAACUGCCAGCACCUCAUCAUGAUAGGCGACCACCAGCAGCUGCAGCCCAGCGCGACGGUGUACGAACUGGCCACCAAGUACGGCCUGGAGACCUCCCUCUUUGAAAGGAUGAUCAAGAAUGGCUUGGCAUUCGAGACCUUGGAGUACCAGCACCGCAUGCGCCCGGAGAUUUCGCAGCUGCUGGUGCCGUCCAUCUACCCGACGCUGAAGGACCAUCCGUCGGUCCAGGACUACCCGAGGGUGCUUGGCAUGGUCCACAACGUGUUCUUCCUGAGUCACCAGGAGCACGAGCGGGCGGAGUCGGAUGACAACAACAGCCACGAGAACCAGCACGAGGCGGAGCUGAUCAUGGGUCUGUGUCGCCACCUCAUGCUGCAGGGGUACAGCCCUCAGGAGGUCACCAUACUCACCACCUACUCAGGACAGUUCUUCCUCCUCAGGAAGCUUCAGCGACAAUACCCAGAAUGCACCGGAGUGAGGGUCGCUGUGGUUGACAACUUCCAGGGUGAGGAAAACAAGAUCAUCCUCCUUUCCUUGGUAAGAAGCAAUCCCGAGGGGAAUGCGGGAUUCCUGCGUAGAGACAACCGCGUUUGUGUGGCCCUGUCCCGCGCCAAGCACGGCCUUUACAUCACCGGCAACAUGGGGCUGCUGAGUGAGUCCAGCAGCCUCUGGAAGAAGAUCAAUGGAGACCUGGUGCAGUCUGGGAGUCUGGGCCUGGCCUUCACUCUGCGCUGCGAGAACCACCCGGACCAGGUUGUAACUGUGGCCACAGGGGCGGACUUCUUAGCCAAGAGCCCCGAGGGUGGGUGUGUGCAGGUGUGUGCCAAGCCACUGCCAAACUGCCGGCACUCAUGUCCCAGAGUGUGCCACAUGGAUGACCCUGAGCACGAGGAGUACAAGUGCCGGGUACCAUGUCCCAAGACCCUGUGCAGCCUGGACCACAAGUGCCCAAAGCUCUGCCAUGAGAUCUGUGGCCCCUGCAUGGUCAUCCUGCCCAAACCCCUCCCCUGCGGUCACACCCACAGGAUCCCUUGUCACGUGGCCCCAGAGUCUCACAAAUGCCCAACGAUGGUGGAGAAGAAGAUCCCUGCCUGCGAACACAUGGUCACCAUGCCCUGUCACCACAACCCAAGCACCUUCACUUGCCCCGAGGACUGUGACACAAGAGUACCGUGUGGCCACAAGUGCAGGAAGAAGUGCCACCGCACCGAGGACCCAGACCAUCUGGAGUACUCCUGCCAGGAGGCCUGCACAAAGAUCAACGUGGGCUGCACACAGAAACACCCGUGCCACAAGAAGUGCUACCAGGAGUGUGGGGCGUGUGUGGUCAUGGUGGACAAGAAGCUUCCCUGCGGGCACGAGCAGAAGGAUGUGGAGUGCUCCCAGCCAGCGGAGAAAAUUCUGUGCAAGAAGUACUGCAAGAAGACCCUUCCCUGCGGCCACAAGUGUAAAAGAUUGUGUUUCAAGGAGUGUGGGGACUGCCAGGUGCCAGUGAAGAAGGUCGUGGAAGCCUGCGGCCACUCCAUCAGAACUGCGUGCAGCGAUCCGGCAACCACGGACAAGUGCGACGGCCCGUGCCCCAAGACCCUGCCGUGUGGCCACCCCUGUCGGGCAAAGUGCAAGGAUGCGUGUACCCCCAAGUGUCCCGAGCUGGUGUACUCUGGUAACACGUGUCCAAAGGGCCACGUUAUCGAGCUGCCCUGCCACCUCAACACCAAAGUGGUGGGGGAGGCAGCGUGGGGCUUUUGCAAUGCCCCCUGCGACAAGAAGCUGGACUGUGGGCACCAGUGUGUGGGGACAUGCGGCCGCUGCCUCCAUGGCCGCCUCCACCUCGACUGCAACAAGCCGUGCAAGAGGCCGCUGGUGUGUGGGCACAUCUGCAAGUACCCGUGCAGCGCCACCUGUCCACCGUGUCAGGAGAAGUGCCAGUGGAAGUGCAGCCACAGCCAGUGCCGCCAGCUGUGUGGGAGGCUCUGCCAGCCCUGCAAAGAAAUGUGUGAGGUGGGCUGCAAACACAAGAAAUGCACAAAGAGGUGCGGGGAUUCAUGCAAGUGGCGCUGCAAACAACACAAGGAAGGUGACGGGGAGUGUGGAGAGGACUGUUCCCGGAAGCCCUGCCAGGAGCCGUGCAAGGAGAAGCUCAAGUGUGGCCACGAGUGUGUGGGCUUUUGUGGGGACCCCUGCCCCCCCCUGUGCCGAGAGUGUGACCACGACGAGCUGACAGAGUUUGUGCUGCUGGGGAAUGAGGAUGAGCCAGAUGCCAGGUUCGUGUGGCUGGAGGACUGCGGCCACUGCAUCGAGGUGGAAGGCCUGGAGGGGUGGCUGCAGCAGGAGGACACUGCUGUGGGGAUGAAGACUUGUCCCAAGUGCAGGACCACCAUUUACAACAACCGGCGCUACCAGAACAUUGUGUUGCAGACACACAAGGCAGUGCUGGCCAUCAAGAAAAAGUAUUACCAGGCCCAGAACAACAUCAAGAUGAGGGACAUUGAGCUCAUCUUGCAAGAUGAAGAAAUAUUGCACUGCUUCAGGUCUGAAUGUUUAAUGCUUCUAAAGAAAAUUGGAGUAGGACCAAGGAAGAAAGGAAGGCCAUUUGUAGACUUCAGUGUUGGAGAGAAGACUCUGUGUCACUUCCAAGCCCAGGUCUUGAAGAAAGCAACCUCCAUCCUGAACCAAAAACAGACUGCAGACUCCACACCCUCUGUGCCCCUCAGAGCAACUAGUGGCCCUGCAUCUAAGCACCUGGCAGUCCUCAGGCCCUUGGUCGAGGCGGUGGUGGCCGGCGUGAUGGAAAAGACCACCACCAUCACCCCCCAGAUGGAGCGUGAGGUGUCGUGUGAGCUGCAGCGGCUGGCGGUGCUCCCGGCAUACCGGACCUUCCAGGAGAAGUCUGCUGUCUAUCAAAACACCAGCAUGGCAGCAAUCAAGGCCAAGCUGGAGGCUCUGAUGAACCCCACGGUGAUCUUUGAUGAGGAGCUCGACAAGAAGGUGCGAGCCCUCCUCAAGGAAAGCGAGAAGUACGUGGGAGGCCUUGGGAUUAGUGACAAAGAGAAGAUGCUUAUUCUUAAGGCUAUGGGUCUCCGCCAAGGACACUGGUACAAAUGCCCCAAUGGACACAUCUACUGCAUCACUGAGUGUGGGGGUGCUAUGGUAGAGAGCGACUGCCCUGAGUGUGGUAGUCGUAUUGGUGGCGGCAGUCACAGGCUGAGGGGGGACAAUGCCGUGGCCACAGAGAUGGAUGGGGCAAAUCAUGCUGCGUGGUCAGAACACAACAACAUGGGGAACUUUGACCUUAAUAUUUAGUGUUCUCUCACCACCACCACCACCACAACAACCACUACUAUGACAACACAACUAAUGAACCUAGCACAUUGAUCCUAACAGUAUACUAGAUGCUGUAACCCACCACAAUGACAGCACAACAACAACACAGCACAAGAACCUAGCAAACUGACCCCAUUACUUCACACACCUAAUUCCCACACAUAAUUUUGACAUAAAGAUGUAGAGGAAUGUUAAUUGAUUAUGCGGUCUUCAUAUCAUGUUUAACUCAGAUCGAUGUGUCGGUUCGCUUAAAAGUCGCAGGUAGUUUCCAAGACCCUGUAGACCAUGAGGAGUUCCCGUAGCCUACUGUAGAGACCCCAGCCCACUCCUGCUCUGCCCUGCUUCUGUGCCCCCGCCAAAACUGUGCCCACUAACAAUGGCUGGUUCACGUUCCAUCAUUUAUACAGUUAUGACAUGUUUUUAAUGUUCUCCACCAGAGGAUGAACAAGGCAGUCAUUACACGUAUUUCACCAUUUUUAUACAUUUAACUGACUGAAAAUUCAUAAGCCAACUGCUCUCCUAACGAUGUCAUGAUUAACGGGCUGUUAAAACCGUUGCCACUGGGUGAUCCUUGCUUUAGGGGCGCAGGGGCAGGGUGCACUGGGCAUGUUUGCUACACACAAGAUGGCGACUAAAGGUCUGUUAGGGGCAGCUCAAGACCUUUCUUUUCGAGAGAAUCCACGAUCUUGAGUGUUGUGAUGGACGAUUUGAGUUUGUUUAGCUAUUAUUACGACAAUCAUUAAUUUCUGAGUACUAUUUAAAAUGUAGUAGUUUUAUUAUCAGGGUUCUUUUUGCCAUUACUAUACCAAAAAUAUUUACAUGUUUAUUAUACCAAUAAGUAUAGACUUACCCUUAAGUUGAACCUGCAGAAUGUGUGGAGAGUGUCUGUGCCUCCGUGCAGACCCAGAAUUAUAGAGCAUAAGGAUAUAUAGGCAAUCCAAUGUUAAAGCUUGGAUGCCGCCAGUGCUACCAUCUACAGUGUAGGAGACUAGUCCGCUUCCUCCAUUUCACAGACACCAUUGUUCAUUGUCCCAUGACACCAUUGUCUAGACUCCUUGGUGCAGAUCAUGGAGCCAAGAAUCCUUGGUGGAGACUCUGACCUUGCAGGCUAGCAGGGAUUAUAUGAUGGUCACUUUGCGGCCAGAGCCACAAAUGGGGAAUCAGCUGGCUAGUCGCUGUGUUGCCUUUCACUAUGCUUCACUGUCUUGCCACUCAUGCUUCACUAUCUUGCUCCUCAUGCUUCACUAUCUUGCCACUCAUGCUUCACUGUCUUGCUACUCAUGCUUCACUAUCUUGCUGCUCGUGUAGUGCGGCGACUAUGCCUGAUGAACGAGCCUCCCCUAACCCACUUAGCCAGGGUACCUCUUUGGCCGACUCGGUUAGGAGUGGCUCUCCCGUCACGUUGGUCGCGGGUUCAAUCCCAGGCAGCCGGCGAAUACCCUCGAUAACCUUGUCUUCAUUAAUUUCUUGUGUGUUUCGAUACACGCAGAGGUCGUGUAGGAAAAUAGAAAAAGAGAAAAUAAACUCCUGGGGCAUGACACUCAUGCUUCACUAUCUUGCUACUCAUGCCUCAUUAUCUUGCCACUCAUGCUUCACUAUCUUCCUACUGCUUCACUAUCUUGCCAUUCUUGCUUCACAAUCUUGCUACUCAUGCUUCACAAUCUUGCUACUCAUGCUUCACUAUCUUGCCACUCAUGCUUCACUAUCUUGCCACUCUUGCUUCACUAUCUUGCUACUCAUGCUUCACAAUCUUGCUACUCAUGCUUCACUAUCUUGCCACUCAUGCUUCACUAUCUUGCUACUCUUGCUUCACUAUCUUGCCACUCAUGCUUCACCAUCUUGCCACUCAUGCUUCACUAUCUUGCUACUCAUUCUUCACUAUCUUGCCACUCAUGAUUCACUAUCUUGUCACUCAUGAUACACUAUCUUGGUACUCUUGCUUCACUAUCUUGCCACUCAUGCUUCACCAUCUUGCCACUCAUUCUUCACUAUCCUUCUACUCAUUCUUCACUAUCUUGCCACUCAUGAUUCACUAUCUUGCCACUCAUGAUUCACUAUCUUGCUACUCUUGCUUCACUAUCUUGCCACUCAUGGCUCACUAUCUUGCCACUCAUGCUUCACUAUCUUGCCACUCAUGACUCACUAUCUUGCCACUCAUGCUUCACUAUCUUGCUACUCUUGCUUCACCAUCUUGCUACUCAUUGUUCACUAUCUUGCCACUCAUGUUUCACUAUCUUGCUACUCAUUCUUCACUAUCUUGCCACUCAUGUUUCACUAUCUUGCUACUCAUUCUUCACUAUCUUGCCACUCAUGCUUCAUUAUCUUGCCACUCUUGCUUCACGAUCUUGCCACUCAUGCUUCAUUAUCUUGCCACUCAUUCUUCACUAUCUUGCCACUCAUGCUUCACUAUCUUGUCACUCAUGCUUCACUAUCUUGCCACUCAUGCUUCACUACCUUGCCACUCAUGCUUCACUAUCUUGCCACUCAUUCUUUACUAUCUUGCCACUCUUGCUUCACUAUCUUGGCACUCAUUCUUCACUAUCUUGCCACUCAUUCUCCACUAUCUUGCUUCACUAUCUCCACUCAUUCUUCACUAUCUUUCCACUCAUUCUUCACUGUUACCACUCAUGCUUCACUAUCUUGCCACUCAGUCUUCACUAUCUUGCACUCAUGCUUCACUAUCUUGCCACUCAUUCUUCACUAUCUUGCUACUCAUGCUUCACUGUCUUGCCACUCAUGCUUCACUAUCUUGCUACUCAUGCUUCACUGUCUUGCCACUCAUGCUUCACUAUCUUGCUACUCAUGCUUCACUGUCUUGCCAUUCAUAUUUCACUAUCUUGCCACUCAUGCUUCACUAUCUUGCCACUCAUGACUCACUAUCUUGCCACUCAUGCUUCACUAUCUUGCUACUCAUGAUUCACUAUCUUGCUACUCAAUCUUCACUAUCUUGCCACUCAUGAUUCACUAUCUUGCCACUCAUGCAUCACUAUCUUGCCACUCAGUCUUCACUAUCUUGCUACUCAUGCUACACUAUCUUGCCACUCAUUCUUCACUAUCUUGCUACUCAUGCUUCACUGUCUUGCCACUCAUACUUCACUAUCUUGCUACUCAUGCUUCACUAUCUUGCCAUUCAUGCUUCACUAUCUUGCCAUUCAUGCUUCACUAUCUUCCUACUCAUACUUCACUAUCUUACCUCUUUGCCACUCAUGCUUCAUAACCUUGAAUCUUCGGCACUCAUACUUCAUAAUCAUGCCUCCUUGCCACUCAUGCUUCACUAUCUUGCCUCUUCGCCACUCAUGCUGCAUAAUCUUGCCACUCCUGCAAUACUAUCUUGCGUCCUUGCCAUUCAUGUUUCACUAUCUUGCCACUCCUGCUAUACUAUCUUGCCUCCUUGCCAUUCAUGUUUCACUAUCUUGCCACUCCUGCUAUACUAUCUUGCCUCCUUGCCAUUCAUGUUUCACUAUCUUGCCACUCCUGCUAUACUAUCUUGCGUCCUUGCCAUUCAUGUUUCACUAUCUUGCCACUCCUGCUUUACAUCUUGGCUCCUUGCCAUUCAUGUUUCACUAUCUUGCCACUCCUGCUUUACAUCUUGCCUCCUUGCCAUUCAUGCUUCACUAUCUUGCCACUCAUGCUUUACAUCUUGCCUCCUUGCCACUCAUACUUCACUAUCUUGCCUCUUCGCCACUCAUGCUGCAUAAUUUUGCCACUCCUGCUAUACUAUCUUGCGUCCUUGCCAUUCAUGUUUCACUAUCUUGCCACUCCUGCUAUACUAUCUUGCCUCCUUGCCAUUCAUGUUUCACUAUCUUGCCACUCCUGCUUUACAUCUUGCCUCCUUGCCAUUCAUGUUUCACUAUCUUGCCACUCAUGCUUUACAUCUUGCCUCCUUGCCAUUCAUGUUUCACUAUCUUGCCACUCAUGCUUUACAUCUUGCCUGCUUGCCAUUCAUGCUUCACUAUCUUGCCAUUAAUGCUUCGCUAUCUUGCCUCCUUGCCACUCAGUGCCUCCUGACCACUAAAUAAUGGUUUUUCAAACUGCUCUUUAUCUCUGGGUGGGCAGCGUGUGUGAAGGGCAGGACGCAGGGAACGCGAGCAGCAGAGACAAGGUGGUGUGUGGGGGGCCAUGGCCGAACUUUCCCUGUAAUUAUUGUUCUCACGGUAUUUCCUUGACGAGGGUAAAGCGGUGGGUAGGGCGCAGCGAGCACGGGCAGCAGAGGCACGGUGGCGUGUGGGGGGCCAUGGCCAAACUUUCCCUGUAAUUAUUGUUCUCACGGUAUUUCCUUGACGAGGGUAAAGCGGUAGGUAGGGCGCAGCGAGCACGGGCAGCAGAGGCUAGGUGGCGUGUGGGGGGCCAUGGCCGAACUUCCCUUCUGCAGUUGUCCGCAGCGUUUUCCUUGUUCACAUGGUGAUCCCUGCGUUUGGGAAAGUUCGCGUAUUAAUUCUUUUGUGUUACUUGUGCCUUGCAGGAACCAUGUCUUGUAAUGAUGAUGUGGAAUAAAUAAUUUUGUCA